UUUGGUGGCAUUGCCCGGGUACUCACAUAGCCUUGUUAGGCUCGGCUCGGCACACAGCGCAACCCAACCGAGCGUCUGGGAAGCCAAACUGACCGUGCAUCCAAACGGAGGCAGGCAGGCGGGGCUCGGAGCUGUGCGCAUCUCCAUGCGUGUUACCCCCCCCCCCCUCCUCUCUCUCUUCCUCUCUCCCUCUCUCUCCCACUCCCCUCCCUCUCUCUCUGUUCCUGCUUCAUCCGCUCAGCCGUUCAGGUGAACGCUGCUGCUGCUGCCGCUGCUGCCGCUGCUGCUGAUAAACGGAGCCUUCGCAAGAGAACCGAGCAUCGGGUGCGUGUGGGUUGUCGAGACACCGCGAGGCAACCUGAAGCAACGCAACCACGACCGCUGGAUUAAUGUAAACGAUAUAACAAGAGAAAAUAUUAUUUGGAAAACCAGCAGCGGCGAUAAUCAAGAACAACAACACACGACGUACCAGACACGCCAGCGAGGCAAGCCUUGGAAUCGCGUCCGAAUUAGCAUCGACAUUGUCUCCACCACAGCAACAGCAUCAUCGCCAGCAGCAGCAGCUGCAGAACGUCUCCUUCUCGUGUGCUAUCUCCAGCUCUGCACGAGUGGAGAUCACCAUCAUACGCGCCAAGAAUGAAAAGGAUAACGACGUACCCGGUGACUAUCUCACAAUGAUUGUAUUAUAAUUAUUAUUUUAAAGGCUGCGCUGCUAGGGACAUUUUUUUUCUCCCCUGAACACCGACUGGACGUUGCUGCUGCGGCGGUGGUGGUGGUGACACCAAAAGGCGGAUUCAGGUGGAAAUGAUCUCCGUCGACCGUUGUUGGGAGAGGUGAACAUUCCAUUUUCGUCACCGCAUUGAGAAGACUUCCCUUUCCACCAUCACAACCAGCAUCAGCAGCAGCAGCACCAUCACCACUCUUGAGAGAGCUGUGGGCGCGGGUGGGGGGAGGCAUAUCUUUUCAUCGCGAGUAACACUCCUUCCACCACCAAUAUCACGACAACCGCAAUCAUCACCACCACCACCACCACCUCCUCCUCCACCACCACCAUCAUCUCCUUCGCGGGCGUGAGGCUGCGCUCGCUCGGGCGCAGAGGAACGCUUCAUGCAUGAGUGGGGGACGCUUUGAUUUUGAUGACGGCGGCACUUACUGCGGUGGCUGGGAGGACGGCAAAGCUCACGGGCACGGAGUGUGCACGGGGCCGCGGGGCCAGGGAGAGUUCUCGGGCAACUGGAGCCAUGGCUUCGAGGUGGUCGGUGUCUACACGUGGCCGAGCGGCAACGCGUAUGAAGGUCACUGGGCGCAGGGCAAGAGGCAUGGUCUGGGCGUGGAGAACAAGGGGCGCUGGGUGUACGCGGGCGAGUGGACGCACGGAUUCAAGGGACGCUACGGGGGCAGGCACAGCAUGAGCAGCGGGGCGAGGUACGAGGGCACGUGGAGCAAUGGGCUGCAGGACGGGUACGGCACGGAGACCUACUCAGAUGGAGGCACCUUCCUGGGCCAGUGGAUCAACGGCAUACGGCAAGGCUACGGCGUGCGGCAAAGCGUGCCGUUCGGCAUGGCGGCGCCCGUGUGCUCCCCGCUGGGCACGUCGCUCACGUCGCUGCGAAGCGAGCACGCCAACGGCGCCGCGUUGCUCCUCAACAGCGACGGCACCCCGCUGCCCGGCUCUCCGCCUGCCUUCGGCGGAGACAAGGGCUCCCCUCUGCCCUCGCCCACCUCGCCCAUGUCGCCCAUCUCGCUCGGCGGCGUCGGCGGCCUCAUCCUGGGGCCCGGUCUCGCCACCCGCAUGGGGUUUGCGCUCAGCCUCAGGCCCGACCCGGACACGGAUCACAAGAAAGCUCGGGGCGGCUCCUUCCUGGGCGUGCUGGGCCUCCGCCGCUCGUCGUCACGCUCCAGCCUCGCGUCGCAGCAGAGCAAGCGCAGCUCGUUCCGCAGCGCCACCCCCGUGAGCGUGGGCAGCUCGGCCGCCAGCGACACGGCCUCCGAGGCGGCCGACCGGCGCUCGGACGUGGCGGGCGGCGGCGCCGACGAGGGCCCCGAGGAGGAGGCGGUUGACGCCACCGCCACCGAGGCCUUCGCCGGCGAGUGGAAGGGCGACCGGCGCAGCGGCUUCGGCGUGGCUGAGCGGUCCGACGGCCUCAAGUACGAGGGCGAGUGGCUUGACAACCGGCGCCACGGCUAUGGGCGAACCACGCUGCCCGACGGGCGCAAGCAGGAGGGCAAGUUUCGGCGCAACGCCCUGGCGCGGCCGGCUCGCAAGCGCACGCUCAUCCCGCUGCGGGCGAGGAAGAUGCGCGAGAAGGUGGAGCGCGCCGUGGAGGGCGCCCAGAGGGCGGCCGCCAUCGCCAAGCAGAAGGCCGACAUCGCCCUGUCCAGGACCCAGCAUGCGCGCGGGAAGAUGGAGGCGGCAGACGCAGCGGCACACGCAGCCCAGGAGGCUUCGAAACUGGCGCGGAUGAUCUCCAAGGAGCUCGCGCCCACGUUCCACCAGCCAGGACUGGAGUACCACAAGCAGCGGAUCAUGCGCGACGCCGCGGACAGCGACGACCACCUUCCGGCGCUGCCCGAGCACGCCGACGAGCGUCACGGCGGCGGCGGCGGCGGUGGCGGCAGUCACCACGACGAGCAGUCCAGCCCUCGCUUCUGCCGCCAAGACGUGACGGCCGACGGCACGCCGGUCCACACGCCCCCGCCCAGUCCCAGGUCGGCCGCUCGCGGCGUCGGCGGCAGCGGCGGCGGCGCCGGCAAGCGGCGGCUCGGCUCCGGCUGGAAGGAGGGCCGCAGCCACCACCUGACGGCGUACGAGUCGGCCACGCAGGGCCUCCAGCGGCGCGCCGGCGGCGCCGAAAUGUUCGCCGACUUCCACAGCUACCCCGUCGCCACGGUGACCGGACCGCUGCCCGACGACUUCGAGCAGGAGGAGGAGACGCCGUCGCCGGUGUCGCCGUUCGCGAUGCGGCGGACGCCGUCGCCCGUCCCGCCGCCCAUCGCCGCCAGCACCCCAAAGCAGGACGACGAGGACGAGGAGGAGGGCGCCAACGAGGUCGGGGUGGGCGCGCCGGACGAGGAGGGAGCGCGGGAGGACGGAGGAUCGCCCGCGGAGCAGGGAGCGGCGACGGCGAACGGAGCGCAGCGCCAGCUGCAGCGGCGGCAGCAGCAGCAGCAGCAGCAGCAGGCCGAGGUGGUGACCCCGGAUGGGUCUGUGGAGCCGGAGGUGGUGGUGGAGGAGGUGGUUGAGUACGUGCAGUCGGACCAGGGUCCCGCGCCGCUUGUGCCGCCCUGGCUUAUGAGUGUAGCCUCUGGGCUCAGCUCAGGACCCCUAGGUGGCCUGGGCAGGAUGGCAAGGCGCCUGCACAGAGGGGGGGCCUCAGAGCAGGCACCGGACGCGGUGCUCGUCGCGCUGGUGGGGCUGCUGGUUCUGGGCCUCGCCAUCCUCUUCGUUCACCUCCUCACGUGAGCUCCCCUCUUUGCCGACGAGGUGAGGGAAGCGGCGGUGAGGAGGGCGGCGCCGACGGCGGAGCUCGACACUCCGUGGGCGAUGGCACCUGCUGGGGAGGGUCGCCACCUCGAAUUUUGCCGCCUCGCCACCACCAUCACCAUCACCAAGUUCCCCCCCCCUGCCGCCUUCCCACAAUGCCCUCAUAUCCCACGAGCCGACUUGCCGUGGUUGGCGGCGCUGGGGGAACGAGGUGUGAACUUUGACCUCUGCGAUCACCGGUGCAACGGAGUGGAGUAACAAGCGUGGACUUUGUCGAGACAGCGAACAAAAAAGUGCUUUUGUCUUAUCACGUUGUUUGCUCUCUCGUUUAAUUUCUUUUCUGCGUGUGGUUGGGAAAAAAAGUUAAUUGGGCAUGGCGUGGGUGCUUGGGGGUGGUGUGGGAAAGCACAAAACUAAACAACAACAAAAAACGAAACGGUCUUUCCCGUUUAAAAAUCGUGGUAAUAUUUUUGCAGGAUGGAUAAAGAUGAAAAAAAAGAAAAAAAUUGAAAAAAUAAAUGUUGGUUGGUUGAAAGAAAAUUUGAAGAAAAAUGAAAAGUCGCGAGCAAAUCUGAUGUCUCAAAACAGCAUCGGCCAUUUCACACAUAGGUACAGUUUCCCAAGAGAGACGUUUUCUUCCAUUUUCUUACAACUUUCUGCAAAAGUCUAUUUUUUUGGAACGAAGAAGUUUAAAUAUAUAAACGAUUGCAAAUUGAUUUCGUAUCUACACCGCGUGGCAUUUCGGCAUGUGCAUUUAGUAUUUAUACAGUGUCCGUAGCCAAGGGAUUCUUAGCCGAUGUUGUUGUCGGAGCGUGCUCGGUGUUAUUAACGUAUUAUGCAUGAUGCAAGUGCCCUCCCGAAGCAACCAGCAAAGUUCACGCGUCGAUUUACAUGAAGUGCCAGUUGCGUGCACCCACGUGCAGUCACGGCUUCACGAGAGGUUGGCUCGAUGGAGCCGUGCGGGGUGAUUUGGGGGAGCAGAGGGGUGGCCGAGAGGUAGCGCCGGACGGAAAACGUUUUGGGCCAGGCGACACACGUCACGACAAACAGAGAUGCGUUCGUGCCUCGCGCGAACCUCUUAAUCCUCCCGAGGAGGAAAGUUUCCGAGCUAUCAGGCGUGUAACAAUUCACCAGCCCCCCCCCCCCCCCCCUGAACCCCUUACACCAACACCUACCACUAAUUCUGCUCCUCCAGUGAUCCGAUCAAUUGUCGCGAUGCAGGGUAGGCGAAUUGAUUGAACAAAUCAAUUAAUCAUUCUCCCCGUUCGUAUCGUCCCAACGUUUCGUGAUUUCACCGGCGUACUUUUAUUUUGUCGCGAUAGGCUAAAUAUACUACGCGUGCUACUUGCAUAAAUUUCACGCGGUCGAUUUGUUGACGCAUGUACCACGAGUGUGAGGAUCGACGUUGGCAAUCGACUGAUCGAUGCGUCGUUACGUGCCAGUGUCAAUUCACCUCCUCUGCAUGCCUGCAUUGGCCCCUGGCAACAAACGCCCACGGAGUGGUCGGCUCAGUUUUGAAUCCUUUCCGUGUUGUUUUGUUGGGUUGUUUUUUUAAUCCACGCUCAAAAAAACAACGGGAGAACAUUCGAGAGCAGAAUUAUUGGGAUUCUUAGGGCUUCUAGGUGGUUGUGGCGCAGAGUGCCAGGUACCCAAAUAGAGCAAUAAACAAAACAAUACGCAUUCUAAUGACACAGCAUCUGAACUUGUAACUUUACAUUCGUGUCAACGUGUAUUAUUUUAACGGUGCAUGUCUAUCCGUGUCCCUUGCUCGAUUCCAAUGUCUGAGUUUUUAUAUUUGAAGGGGCCCUUUCACACUGAAUCCUGAGACCAGGUGUUGCCAAUUGGACUUCACAAUUAAAAUCCAAAGUGCCUUCGUGGAUGUAGGCGCCACGGUGGCGAGAUGUUAAAUGCCUCGCCUGGUAUACAGGAGGUGUUGGACUCGAUCCUGACCCUGACGCCUGUAUAUUUGGAAUUUGCAUGUUCUUCCCGUGGUCGCGUGGACAUUACUCCCAGGUUCUCCGGUGAAUCCCUCCACAUUUAUAAUCAAUAUCACACGUUUAGAGUAUUUGGCUGCUAUAAAUUUCACAUGACAUCGUUUGUGGCCAGGUCGCUUCAGAAGAAGAGCUACACAGCAUCAGUCUGGCCUUACCUGAUAAAAAAUAAGUUGACCCCAUACCCCUAAUCCGGAGCCGCCGGAGGCUUCGUACUGAUCCUCCCGGACCCAGGCCAUCACGAGGCACAACCGCUGCUCUGCGACAGGGCACCAGGGGAACACGAGACAACGCCCGCGUCCUGCCGUGUCAAAUGUCACGGCCUCCACGCUAGUGAUGAACGUACCGCAAUGUGUGUCCAGAGUUGGAGGCAGUCAGCAGCUGCGAAGAGGAUUGUGGUCGGGGGGAGGGGGGGGAGACGAUGAUACGAGGCGAUUGGGCAGAGAGGUAAUGGGAGAUCGACAAGAUUGUUCUUAAGAAAGUGGCCAUUGGCAGUGGGGAGGAGGAAGGUCUUCAGUCUGGACUUGAAGAUGCAGUGGGAAUCGUCGACGGUGUAGUUGGCACAGCCAGGGAGAUGGAGUCACGGGGGCCACCAUCCUCUCUCUCUCUCUCUAGGCAGCGUUGUUCCAUGAGGUCGCGCGAUCUCUCAGGACCUGGAAAAACAAUGUUGCGUGGUUCUUGAUCGCAAAACGAGAGCCCCACCGGGUCUCAGGACUCUUUUUCAGGGUCUGGUAAUUUAUUUGUAUUUGUUAUUUUUUGUUUCAAUCGAAAGGUGCCAAUGAGAGACGUACAUCGCGGUUCGCAACACUAAUCUGGCAGCGGUGCGUGUGUCAGUACCGUAUUUGAAACCAAACAACAACAGAUCUCUUUGUCCGGGACUGUAAAACUAUAUCCAGCGCGUACAUUCCCGCAGCCACGCGUGGUGCAGGUGUGGGCUUUCUGGAUCGGGCUACCGUCUUGCGGGCAUCUUCAACGAUUCGUCUGCUGAAGUCGCCAGCAGCGGGCACGCGGCAUUAGCUUGAGAGGAGAUUAUGCUCGACGCGUGGCCUAACCCAGAAGGCUCGCACUUGGGUGAGCGUUUGGCUUUGCGAUGCCUACGGCCUCGCCGAGUGUUUCGAUGGCACUGCAGUUUGUUGCCUUUUGCAAUCGCGACCCCUGCCCUUCACGAUCGCCGACCUCGGUCUGGCUCUGUCAUCCCGAGGCACGGCCACUGGUCCCGAAACACCCGUAAGAAAGUGGCAGUCAAGCCGCAAGGUACGGACUCUUCUGGCCCUCGUCGGCCCGUUGGCAAAUUUGCUUUCAUCCCUCGGCAUUCGGUAUUGCUGACGGAUCGUUCGCACGUACGUACGCGCGUGGGUACGAGCGAGGCAUGUGUUUUGCUGGCGCCGCCCGCGCGUCGAGACUUUCGCCCCGCUAUGUCUGACCGCAACAAUCACGCGGUUUUGUCGGCGCGGCUGUGCCAUCCUCACCGGCUGCACGUGAAGAGCACGUUUGGGUUAACGGGACGCCGGGAACCGCAGCGUUUCGCCCGUUGCGCGAGCCAUCACCUUUUCGGCUUCGCGGCACGUCAGCGCGGAGAGAAUAGUGCCAAAUUACCGGUGUGCUGCAAGCUGUUUAACACCAAGGUAGCUUUACGGAUGGUCGAAUUUCGGGCGAUUCGCGUCGGGCGUUUAGUCGCACGACAAAUUGCAUGCUUAGUUCCGCGCCGCGCGGCCAAGAGGACGCGGCGGGUGGUGGUUUUUAAACCGGCGGCGCCCGUCGGCACGCCACUCUGUGGGCCCCGUGAGAAGACGAGGACGUCACGGUACUAACCCCACGUGCCACACGCUGCCCUCUAAAAGUGUCGCCGCGCGCUGGAAGUUGCGGUGGGGCGGGGGGGCGGCGGGGCGAUGUCUUGCGUUUGAACCGUGCGAAGUGCGAAUGAACCUGUGCUAAUUUUGGUAAUUGUCACCGGUGGUACAGACGCAACGUUCCGUAGGCGUUCCCCCCCCCCCCCUCCCUUAUUAAAACGAAGCGUUGCCGCACAUCCCGCCAAAAAAAAAUGUCACCUGCGCCGUGACGUCCGUUCAGGUCUGUACCGGUUUAUAUUUUUCACUGCAAGACGAAUUUUAUCGAAUGCUUGCAUCCGUGUUGCUUCUGCUUCGGUUAAUAUCGCACAGAUGCUCACGUGUUAAAUUUGAUAUAGAAACCUUUGCACCGUUAACGAGUUAAUGUUUGCUUAGGCAAGUUUUAUUAUUUAGUGUAUGCUCCAGAUUAUUCUUUUAAAUACUGUAUAUUGGUCAUAUUUUGACUGACUUCCUCUUAAUUGCGAGUAAUUAAGGUAGGGCACUACGUGAGCCGAGUAUUUGACCUAUUUUCCGAGCAUUGUUCGUGUAAGUUACAUUUUCGCUAAAUAAUUGAGCGGUUUCUGACAACGCCUCUGCCUGAACGCGUAAUUUUACAUCACGCUCCUUGCAAUUCGCUUAACUGUUGUAACAUUUUUUUUAUUUUCCACGUGUUUUUCACGUGGUAUUUCCAGACGGUCAUGUUAACGCUGGAUAAAAUGAACGAUUUUUUUCGUCCUGAAUUUAUGGAGUUGGAAACAGCAUGAAAUGUGUUUAAACAAGAGGAAACAUACAUUUUACAUGUACGGUUCACAGAACUAAUGAAGUAAAAAAACGCAUGGCCUCCUGUCAAUCUAUUUAAUAAUUUAUGUAAUUUAAAUAUGUACGGACAAAAUUAUUUAAUGCAUGCAUUAUAAAUAAUAACUAUAUUUGCACCCCCACUAACCCAAUUGGAUCGUGAUUUGAUGGUGUUGGAAAUAUCGUUGCAUUUUGUGCUUAAGUCAUGGAAACCCUGCGACUAACAAAAAAUAUUUCAGCUGAAUUAGUUUCUUUGUAAACGCUCACCUGAACCGCACGAUACUCUAUUAGAGAAGUGAGCGUCCCAACACGCAUGGAAUUUUCCCCGUAGUAGGAAUUCGAAUGUGGUCGAAAGCCGGUGACCAGGAUUAUUUUAGUAAUGCUACUUUUUGUUAAAUCAAAACUUAGUUUGGCAGUAGCGUAUAUUCUACUUUUAGAACAAAUGUUGUUAAAUGAAGGAAAUAUAUUUGAAAAAAAUCCUAAAGUUAUUUGCUUUUCUUUUAAUAUUUUUUUUAAGGAAAGCCCCUGCUAUUCUUGACAUGAUCAUACCCGAGGUGUAAUGCGCACCUGGGUUUCGGUCGUAUUUUACGAUUACAAUAUCUCUCGACUGUCACUUACAUUUUUCUCCAUCGUGACAUGCCUUAAAUAAUUUUCCCCGAAUCGCAAUGCUUACGCACACACCUCUGAGAUCGGUGCCAGCAGUACAGCUUCUGGAUGCAAUUACCAGCGAAACGUCGUACUCAAAUUGUAAAUGUUGUGGUUUCACGCUUCAACACACCGGUGGGCUCAAGCAGUGAACUAUUUGUCUUUUGUCAACGUGACACUUUUUUACUGAUUGGCCGUGUCGGGUGGUGGAGGGUUACGACACAUUUAUAAAUAACGCGAUCUAAACCCAAAAACGUUGAUUAUGAAUGAUUAUGAGUACAGCUUCUGCUUACGAUCCAGUUGGUCUACAUCGUCAUAAUCGUCGUCGUCAUGUCUCUCUCUCUCCAUUAACAUUUUGUCCAUUCCACGAUAACGGAACGACAAGCACGUCGUGGGUAAUAUCGGACAUCAGUAGCCGUGGACAUUUUCAGCGUCGCACCGUUCUGCUGUAUCAGCACUUUGAGACUUCACGAGACACGGCCAAAAGGCCACGCCAACGGUAACAUUUCCCUCUCGUCAAAACUUACGCGCCGCCCUGUGCUGUAUUGUCGCUGCCGAGGAAUUGAUCGUCUGCAUUAUCUUUUAUACGCCCGUUUGUGCAUGUCAAUUCGAUCCAGAUAAUAAUCAGUGACACGGACGAAUUUUCUAAUAUUACGAUUACAAUCACCGGUUUAUAAACAUUCAUAUUUAGUGCAGUUGUGCAUGGUUUGUUUAACACGUAGGGCUUUCGCGACCAAUAUUAUUCAUAAUCAAUGUUUUUGGGUUUAGAUCGCGUUAUUUAUAAAUGUGUCGUAACCCUCCACCACCCGACACGGCCAAUCAGUAAAAA